UCAACACUGAAGCUGAACUUGUAGUUUGAACAUGGGGCCAUUUCUGCUUUUUUGGAGUUUGCUAGGAUCGACUCUACUAAUCCCUGCAACAGCAGACCAAGGUCCAGUUGUGCAGACUAAAUAUGGAGCUCUAAAAGGUGAUUACUUAAAGGCUAUUGGAAAGGAAACUAAUGUGCACAGCUACCUGGGUGUACCUUUUGCUAAACCACCAGUGGGGCCUUUGAGACUUACUGCACCACAGCCUGCUGAACCAUGGCAGGGACUGAGAGACGCUACCAAACAGCCUUACAUGUGUUUGCAAAACAGACAGAUUCUUCUGGGUUUUUUGGAUUAUUUCACUAUGGUCAUGGAAGUUCCUGAAGUAUCAGAGGAUUGCCUCUACCUUAAUGUUUACACACCCUCUAAACCCAAUGAAGAUACCAAAUUACCUGUAAUGGUUUGGAUCCAUGGUGGAGGGUUAACCUUGGGCUCUGCUUCCACGAGUGAUGGACAUGCACUGGCAGCCUAUCAAAAUGUGGUCGUAGUGCUAAUCCAGUACAGACUUGGCUUACUUGGAUUUUUUAGCACAGGGGAUGAACAUGCACCAGGAAACUAUGGAUUUCUUGACCAGGUGGCUGCUCUUCAGUGGGUUCAAGAAAAUAUCCAUAGCUUUGGAGGUGAUCCUCAAUCGGUCACUAUCUUUGGAGAAUCUGCAGGAGGAGUUAGUGUGUCUUAUAAUAUUUUGUCACCAUUGUCUGCUGGUCUGUUCAGCUAUGCCAUAGCAGAAAGUGGCACUGCUGCACUGGAUGCACUCUUCACCAUCAACCCAUUACCAAUGGCUCAGCAUGUAGCAAAUUCAUUUGGCUGUGACACCUCCAGCACAAAGAAGAUUGUUGAUUGUGUAAAGCAGUGGUCAGAGGAGGAACUUUUGAAGGCUGCUGAAGGGGAUAUACUCAGCGUGUUUAAAGUUACUGUUGAUGGUAAAUUCCUCCCAAAAACUGUGAAUGAACUUCUUCAGAACAAAGAGUUCAGCAAAGUGCCUUUUAUUACUGGGGUAUCUGAUGACGAGGGUGGAUUUAGCAUGCUUAAUUCUCUUUUUCCUCCGGGAUGGACUGACGGAAUUGACAGAGACCAAGUCGUGCAGUUAAUGCCUUACAUUGUUUCAGAUGUCAGUGAAAAAUGGGUUCAUGAAUUAAUUUUAAACGAGUACCUGGGCGUCACAAACGAUCGCAUCAAGAUCCGAGAUGCCUUCAGAGAAAUGUAUGGCGACUUGAUAUUUAACAUUCCUGCUCGCAAAACAGCAACAUACCACAAAGAUUCUGGAGCACCAGUUUACUUGUAUGAGUUCCAGCACACUUUCAAUGAGCUGCAGAAGAAAAGGCCCAGCUUUGCAGGAAGUGAUCAUGCAGAUGAACUCUUUUUUGUUUUUGGUCACUGCUUUAUGAAUGCACACAUUAAGAUCAAUGGUACCUUUACAGAGAAAGAAAAUGAACUUUGUCGAACUAUGAUGGCCUAUUGGGGGAACUUUGCUCGUACUGGGUCUCCGAAUGGUCCUGGUCUGACCCCAUGGCCUGAGUUUGGAAGUGAAGCUGAGUAUCUCGGUAUUGGCCUGGAGCAGAAACCUGGCAAGAACCUGAAGGGAAAACACUAUACCUUUAUCACCGAGACUCUUCCAAGGUUGAUGAGUGAGAAAAAAGAUGGUCCAGUUGUGCAGACUAAAUAUGGAGCUCUAAAAGGUGAUUACUUAAAGGCUAUUGGAAAGGAAACUAUUGUGCACAGCUACCUGGGUGUACCUUUUGCUAAACCACCAGUGGGGCCUUUGAGACUUACUGCACCACAGCCUGCUGAACCAUGGCAGGGACUGAGAGACGCUACCAAACAGCCUUACAUGUGUUUGCAAAACAGACAGAUUCUUCUGGAUCUUGUGGGUAAUUUUACUAUGGUCAUGGAAAUUCCUGAAGUAUCAGAGGAUUGCCUCUACCUUAAUGUUUACACACCCUCUAAACCCAAUGAAGAUACCAAAUUACCUGUAAUGGUUUGGAUCCAUGGUGGAGGGUUAACCCUGGGCUCUGCUUCCAUGUGUGAUGGACAUGCACUGGCAGCCUAUCAAAAUGUGGUUGUAGUGCUAAUCCAGUACAGACUUGGCUUACUUGGAUUUUUUAGCACAGGGGAUGAACAUGCACCAGGAAACUAUGGAUUUCUUGACCAGGUGGCUGCUCUUCAGUGGGUUCAAGAAAAUAUCCAUAGCUUUGGAGGUGAUCCUCAAUCGGUCACUAUCUUUGGAGAAUCUGCAGGAGGAGUUAGUGUGUCUUAUAAUAUUUUGUCACCAUUGUCUGCUGGUCUGUUCAGCUAUGCCAUAGCAGAAAGUGGCACUGCUGCACUGGAUGCACUCUUCACCAUCAACCCAUUACCAAUGGCUCAGCAUGUAGCAAAUUCAUUUGGCUGUGACACCUCCAGCACAAAGAAGAUUGUUGAUUGUGUAAAGCAGUGGUCAGAGGAGGAACUUUUGAAGGCUGCUGAAGGGGAUAUACUCAGCGUGUUUAAAGUUACUGUUGAUGGUAAAUUCCUCCCAAAAACUGUGAAUGAACUUCUUCAGAACAAAGAGUUCAACAAAGUGCCUUUUAUUACUGGGGUAUCUGAUGACGAGGGUGGAUUUAACCUGCUUAAUUUCGUUUUUCCUCCGGGAUGGACUGACGGAAUUGACAGAGACCAAGUCGUGCAGUUAAUGCCUUACAUUGUUUCAGAUGUCAGUGAAAAAUGGGUUCAUGAAUUAAUUUUAAACGAGUACCUGGGCGUCACAAACGAUCGCAUCAAGAUCCGAGACGCCUUCAGAGAAAUGUAUGGCGACUUGAUGUUUAACAUUCCUGCUCGCAAAACAGCAACAUACCACAAAGAUUCUGGAGCACCAGUUUACUUGUAUGAGUUCCAGCACACUUUCAAUGAGCUGCAGAAGAAAAGGCCCAGCUUUGCAGGAAGUGAUCAUGCAGAUGAACUCUUUUUUGUUUUUGGUCACUGCUUUAUGAAUGCGCACAUUAAGAUCAAUGGUACCUUUACAGAGAAAGAAAAUGAACUUUGUCGAACUAUGAUGGCCUAUUGGGGGAACUUUGCUCGUACUGGGUCUCCAAAUGGUCUUGGUCUGACCCCAUGGCCUCAGUUUGGAAGUGAAGCUGAGUAUCUCGGUAUUGGCCUGGAGCAGAAACCUGGCAAGAACCUGAAGGGAAAACACUAUACCUUUAUCACCGAGACUCUUCCAAGGUUGAUGAGUGAGAAAAAAGAUGGACCAGUUGUGCAGACUAAAAAUGGAGCUUUAAAAGGUAUGUAUGUGACAGCUAAGGGGAAGCAGACAGUUAUCCAAAGCUACCUGGGUGUACCAUUUGCCAAACCACCUGUGGGACCUUUGAGGUUUGCUGCCCCCCAACCUGCUGAACCAUGGCAAGGAGUGAGAGAUGCCACCAAACAGCCUUACAUGUGUAUACAAAAUAGAGAUGCAUCGAUAUAUUUAUUAAAGGGUUUAUCAAUCACUGGCGAAAUUCCUGCAGUUUCAGAGGACUGCCUUUACCUCAACAUUUACACUCCAGUAACUCCUGGUGAAAAUGCAAACCUACCAGUCAUGGUUUGGAUUCAUGGUGGAGGACUGAGCUUGGGUUCAGCAUCAGUGUAUGAUGGUUCAGUUCUCUCUGCCUACCAGAAUGUGGUGGUUGUUUUAAUCCAGUACAGGCUGGGUCUCCUGGGAUUCUUUAGCACAGGAGAUGAACAUGCUCCAGGUAACUAUGGUCUACUGGAUCAGGUGGCUGCUCUUCAGUGGGUUCAAGAGAAUAUUCACAGUUUUGGAGGUGAUCCUGGAUCAGUCACCAUCUUUGGAGAGUCUGCAGGAGGUGCCAGUGUAUCUUUCUUGCUUCUGUCUCCAUUGUCUGCUGGACUCUUUCAUCGUGCAAUUGCAGAGAGUGGCACUGCCAUAAUGGAAGGCAUCGUGGCGGAUCCCUUGCCAGCAGCACAGCAAGUGGCUAAGGCAUUAGGUUGUGACAUCAUCAGCACACAGAAAAUUGCUGAGUGUGUAAAGAGCUGGUCAGUGGAGGAUGUGAUAUCAGCUACGAAAGAGAAAUUGAUGCUGCAGUUUGUAGUGACAGUAGAUAAGAAAUUUCUUCCUAAACCUGCGAAGGAGCUCCUUGAAGACCAGAAAUUCCACAAAGUACCACUUAUUACUGGUGUGAACAGUGAUGAAUUUGGUUGGUUGCUGCCUCAUUCCUUUUUACCUCCAGGAUGGACUGAUGGGAUGAGUCGAGAGCAAGCACUCGCAUCAAUGGCCUCUUUUAUUUCUGAUGCAUCAAUUUCAUUAUGGAUCAAAGAGCUAACUGUAGAAGAAUAUCUGGGCUCAACUGCUGACCCGAUUAAAAUUCGUGAUGGUUACAGAGAAAUGAUGGGAGACAUCAUUUUUAAGAUUCCAGCUCUCAAACUGGCCAAAGUCCAUAAAGCUGCUGGACCUCAAGUUUACCUAUACCAGCUAGAGCACACCACCAGCUUUAUUCAGAGGAAAAGGCCAAGCUUUGUUGGGACAGAUCAUUUUGAUGACAUUGCCUUUGUUUUUGGCAUGUGCUUUUGGAACAGCGAUCUAAAGAUCAGUGAAUCCUUCACAGAGGAAGAAAAUGAACUAUGCAGGACUGUAAUGAACUACUGGGGAAACUUUGCACGCACUGGGUCUCCAAACGGACCAGGUCUAACCGUGUGGCCUGAAUAUGGAGCUGAAGCAGAGUACCUGAGCAUUGACCUUCAGCAGGAACCUAGCAAGAACCUGAGGGCUGAGCGCUAUAUUUUCUUGACAGAGAAGCUGCCAGAGCUGAUUCGUUCAGCUCAGGAGAAGAUGGAGCAUGCUGAGCUAUAGACAGAGCUGUAGCUACUUUAUGAAGCUAAAAAAUAAAAGCUGUGACAAACCUGA